AUCCUUAAUCACUGCUAAUCAUUGUGCUCAGUAUCAUUGUGACCGUUUAACGAACUAUUCAUCAUGAGUUUGUCUGGCUGGCUAUUACAGCAUAAGUUGCUUACGUUUCUAAUUGUAGCUACAACCGCAUUGGGCAUUUCGACUACAAUUCUUGGAGUGGAUAAUACGAACUUGAGACGUAGUACUACAAAAUCGCCGAACACGAUGUCUAAGUAUAGGCUUCCAAGGAAUGUGAUCCCGUUGGUGUACGAUUUGUAUUUGUAUCCCAACUUAACAACUGGACUGUUUACAGGUAAAGUCAACGUCGAUGUAAAGAUCCUCUCAGAAACGGACAGCAUUAACCUCCACAGCAACUCGUUGACUAUAGAUGAGGUUAAAAUUGACUCUGUCAUUGGAGGUUACACAUUGAACCCCACCUAUGAGCUGCUGACGAUCACUAAGCCUGACAGUAGCCUCUUCAAUGUAGGCAACACUCGCCUUCAAAUAGAUUUCAGAGGUGAUAUGAAGAAUAGGAUCGUUGGGUUAUACACCAGCAGUUACAAAAGUGCAAAUGAAGACAAUAGAAGUAUGUCGCUAUGUAACAACGAUGAGAAAACGCGCAAAAAGUCUAACAAAACUGUGGCGUGUCUAGUGAGUUGUUGUUUAUUUUUGUUGAUAGUGUGUGGAUGCCUAAUCACCGCCCUAGUUUUUGUUGGAAAACACAUCCUCUAUAACAGCCCUAAUGUUACCACGAAAAGUGUCGACAGAAAUGUUUUCUCUGAGCCACAGAGAAGUUACAAAAGACUCCCGAGGGAUACCGAACCUUUGCUUUACAACUUGACUCUCCUUCCUGAUCUACCAAAAGGAUUGUACAAAGGAUUAGUGAAUAUAACGAUCAGUGUAUCCAGUCACAGAAAAGAUGUUAUUAUACACUCCAAAAAUUUGACUAUAUCAGAUGUUUCCUUGGUUACGAGUGAUUUAGUAUCAUUUCCGAUUCUGACUAUAAAAGAAAAUGUAGCUGAUGAGGUUCUAGUGAUUACUACAAGGCAAAAAAUCGUGCCAGGUGUUUAUUAUUUAUUCAUCAAGUUCGAAGGAAGAAUGUUUGGUAAACUCAGUGGUUUUUACAGAAGUCACUACAAGAAAUCUGACGGAGAAAUGAGAGUUCCGAAUAACAGGACAUAUAAGUUCAAAUUGUUAGCAUUUAGUGGAAUUAAAACAGAAGACUAUGAUGAUACUCAUCAACUGAUUAGCUUUGAAGAGACAGUUUCAAUGUCAACAUAUCUGUCUUGCUUCAUUGUUUCGGACUUUGCCCAUACAGAAAAUUCGUUCGAUAAUAAAGGACAAAUAAUACCUUUGAAGGUUUACGCGAGCCCAGACAAUCUUAACAAAACUACCUAUGCUGGAGAGGUUGGAAAGAAAGUUAUAGAAUACUACAUUGACUAUUUCAAUAUCAAGUACCCUCUGCCCAAAUUAGAUAUGGUGGCAAUUCCUGAUUUCGUUUCUGGAGCUAUGGAGCACUGGGGCUUAGUAACAUAUAGAGAAACAGCUUUGCUGUACACUGGAACAACCCAUUCUUCUGCUAAUAAACAAAGAGUUGCUACAGUUGUGGCACAUGAAUUGGCCCAUAGUUGGUUUGGAAAUCUGGUGACAAUGGAUUGGUGGAAUGAUCUCUGGUUAAACGAAGGGUUCGCAAGUUACAUAGAAUAUAAAGGUACAAAUGCGGCUGAGCCAACGUGGGGAAUGUUGGACCAAUUUUUGACUGGUGAUCUUCACUCUGUACUGAAUUUGGAUGCAACGCUCAGUUCCCAUCCCAUAGUUCAAACUGUCUUGACACCUGACCAAAUCACUGAGAUAUUCGACACUAUAUCCUACAACAAGGGUGCCUCUAUCUUGAGAAUGUUGGAAUCCACUGUUGGCGAAAAGAACUUUCAAGAAGGAGUGAAGAACUAUCUAGACAAAUACGCCUAUUCAAAUGCAGUUACCAAAGACUUCCUAACUGAAAUACAAUCAGUGGUUGGAAACAAAUUGGACGUUGCCCAGAUGAUGGAAACUUUCACUGUACAGAUGGGCUAUCCGAUUUUGACUGCAACUGUUUCCGGAAAUGAAUAUACGUUCACGCAGAAGAGAUUCCUGAAAGAUCCAAAUGCAACUUUCGAUGAAUCGGAGUCUACAUAUAAGUACAAAUGGACUGUUCCUAUCACGUAUGUGACAGACCUAGGGAAAUCGCAAGACCUGAUUCUCUUUAAAUACAAUGAUGAUAAAUUGAAGAUCAAGAAACCUGAAGAAGCUAAGUGGAUCAAGUUCAAUCACGAUCAAGUGGGAUACUACCGAGUGAACUAUCCAUCACAGCAAUGGGAUGAAUUGAAUAGUAACUAUCAUUCACUAAGCGUCGCAGACAGAACUCAUAUCCUCGAAGAGUCAUUUAGUGUUGCCGAAGCUGGUCAACUGAGUUAUGAAAUCCCAUUAGGACUGACCAAGAAUUUGGACAAAGAAAUGGAUUAUGUUCCUUGGAGCGUAGCUUCAACUAAAUUAUUGUCCAUACUCAGAUAUUUAACAGGCUCGAAUUCAGCACAAGAAGAAAAAUUCAAGGAUUAUGUUGGCAAGAUUUGCACACCUGCUUAUAAAAACUUCACAUGGUCCGAAAAUGAGAAUGACAGUCACCUAAGGAGGUUGGCGAGGAUCGAGGUGCUCAACCUGGCAUGUGCAGCUGAUCAUGAAAAUUGUCUGACAGAAGCUCAGAAUCAGUUCAAUAACUGGAUAUCAACUAAGGGUCAACUAUCCCAAGAUUUGAGGGGGCUAGUUUACAACUAUGGUAUGAAGAAAGCUAAUGAAAGUGUAUGGAAUGAACUUUUGGAAAUAUACAAACAAGAAAGCGAUGCCAAUGAGAAACUAAAAUUAAUGAGGGGAUUAGCAAGUACAGAAAACGUCACGAUACUGACUGGACUCAUCGAUCUUGCCAAGGACGAAAACGUAGUAAGAGGUCAAGAUUAUUUCACGGUACUGCAAUAUAUCUCCAUCAAUCCUCUUGGUACCGAGCUAGUAUGGCAAUGGGUCAGAAACAAUUGGGAAUAUUUAGUCAAUAGAUUCACUCUGAACGAUCGGUACCUUGGAUCUCUAAUACCAGCAAUCACAGGAAGAUUUGCUACUGAAGAAAAAAUAACAGAGAUGAAAACGUUCUUCGAGAAAUACCCAGAAGCGGGAGCUGGAAAAGCUAGCCGUGCCAAAGCCUUAGAAACUGUUCAGAACAAUAUAAGAUGGUUGUCUACCUACAAAGAGACUGUAGAGAACUGGAUUUCAUCUACCUAAUAGUUCCUAAUUGGAUAUAUACUAUGAAUUUUUUAUUUUGUUUGUAUGAAUAAAAAUUACAUUUUUCAUUCGUUCUUGAAGUGAGAAAGAUA